AUGCCCGUUGAUCACAUCGAGGCUCUGGGCGGCAUUCAAACAUAUAUCUCCGAUCCUCCUGCUGCGACAAAUAAAAUGAUACUCUUCCUGGCGGACUUUUAUGGGCCGCUUUUUGUGAAAAAUCAGUUGCUUCCUAUUUCGCGUCUUGCGGCUAUCUCGUCCUUGGACCCUAUUACUUCUUUGGUUCAGGAAGCGCGUAAACCAGCCAUUGACGCGUUCCCCGCCUGGCUAGACGCUGUGAAAGCAAAAUACGAGAAUGACUUCGCAUUCCCACAUGCCUCGUAUCGACGGGCAGAGGAUAUCAUGGUCAGCCGCAAGUGCACGUACUACUUCCAGGCGUUCUCAGGUGUUAAGCACAGAUUUGCCGUACGAGGCGGAACGAAUAUUGAGACAGAGCGCUGGGCAAAGGAAGAGAGCGCCAGGGGAAUCAAGGAGUGGUUCGAUCGGUUCACUGCCUAG